AAACUUCAUCCAAAGCUUCAAAGUUUCUCUUCAUUCUCCUUCCAGAAACCUAACGAAAAGCAAAGGAUUUUCCCUUCUUUGUAUCAUUUUUCUUCAUUAUUGGGCUACUGACAGAGUCAGAUUUCGCUCUCCUUCUAUUGGGUAUUUGAAAAAGGAUUCUAAUAGGAGUUCAAUCCCAGGGAGACUCAGAUUAUUGCUAAGAGAUGUCAUUAACUGCCAGCACCACCAUUAAUGCAGCUACUUUGCCAAUAGUGAGAGCAGGAGAUCAAUGCCGGAAGCAAUUCAAGCCAAUAGCAGUAGUUCCUGCUGGCCUCCAUCCGCUUGGCAUGCAGUCUCAACUCAUUAACAACAGAAGACGCUUGAUAUGUUCUGUUCAACAAAAGCGUGCUUCAAUAAUAUGUUCUUCUGCUCUGAAUGCGAGAUGUGCUGAAGGACAGACACAGACGGUUACACGGGAAUCAUCAACCAUUACAGUUGCACCAGUUCAAGGAAAGGAGAAAUCUCCUGACCUGGAUGAUGGUGGGACUGGGUUUCCUCCUCGUGAUGAUGAUGGAGGUGGAGGUGGAGGUGGGGGUGGUGGAGGCAAUUGGAAAGGUGGGUUCUUCUUUUUCGGGUUUCUUGCUUUCCUUGGCCUCUUGAAAGACCAGGAGGAUGAGGGACCCUACCGAGACCAACGCAGAAGAUGAAGAAAACCAGAAUAAGAUAUAUAUCUACAUAGAAAUUAAAGAAGUUUGGAAGUCCGGGAGUCGUAAUGGUCUUCCCUCAUUGUUCUCCAGUCAUGGCUUCGAGCAACAUGUGGGGGGCGGGGGGCGGGG